ACCCGCCAACUCGGUUAUAAGAGUCGGCGGCGUCACCUCCGAGAUAGCCCCUCGCCCGGCCGGGAGCGAGAAGCAAGCGGCUUGGCACCUCAGCCUUCCUCUUCGCUUCUCUCUUUCUCCCCUCUCCUCCAAGAAGCCAGGGUAUCUAGCCGCUAUCCUCAUCAAGAUCAUUGAGAUGGACAAUGUCCUCAUCGAUCGAUCCGCCAGCGGAUUCGAUUUCAUGAGGUGGACGGACGCCGUCGACGAUGGCUGCCGCAUGCUGGCGCCUCACACUAGCAUCUACAGCUCCUUCCCAUACGUUUCGCAGCUGCCUCCGUUUCAGUACACGCCAUACAUGCAACCUUCGCUCUCCCUCCCUCCGCUGCCUCCUCGCCGCGCGGCAGCUCGCCUCCCGCUCCCGCCGGUGAUGGUAGCGACCAUGGCCAAGUACGCCGCGCCGCCGCCGCCGGCCGGCGCCGCCGCCAUGGCAAAGCCCGCGGCGCCCAGGAGGACGGGACUAGGAGAGUACAAGAGGAAGAAGCCGCGGGCGCCGAGGCCGCCGGGUGAGGAGCCACCGAGGGCGCAGCGGAGGAAACCGCUGGAGCGCGCCACGCCGCUGCCGCCGGCGCCGGCGGUAGACGAGGCGCUGGACGACCUGGAGCGCGAGGUGACCAGGGGGUUCGUCGAGGACCUGAUGCACGCGCUCGCGCCGCCGCCGAGCAGCCUGCCCCUGCCCACCUUCUCACUCGUCCGGGCUGCCGCCGUGAAGGCUGCCGCGGCAUCCUGCGCCGUGUAGACGCUGGAAGUACAGCGCACCGCCGCGACCACCGGCGGCGGGAGGCGUCCUCCGGCGCCACCAGUACGUGCGCGUCUUUCUUCCACCAAGACUUUUUCUUUGGAUGGAAGAAAACUGCUACCAUGGCUUUUUAAAAAUGGGUUAUUUGCUUCUUAUUUUCUUCUAAAAUCCUUCUGUUUUUUGGGUUGCGUCCUGUGAUGCGAAAGUGAACCUAAUUUUAAGGGGUUUGCAUAGCAUUCAGAGUUAACCUUCUUGAUGGGGUCUGUUUUUAUUGGCUUGUAUCAAGAAUUCAAGAUCAAAACUUUUCUCUUUCGCAUAUGUAUCGUUCACCAUUUGUGCUCAAUAAAUAGUUUGUGGUUCCAAUAUUCAGCCACUCACAAAGUUAUGCUGUGAA